UUUUCCCCUAAAACCCCCUCUCUUCUUCACCUGUAACUGCGAGGGUUUUAACACACACAGAGUCACGCAUUAGCCUCAUCCGUCGCAAUUCACGCCCCUUAACUAACGAGUAAACAAUAGUCAACACGCUGCUGAUUCUUUCUACAAGCAAGAAAACACGUUGAAGGUGAAAAUCCCAUCUGGGUUUUUGAAAUAAUGGCCCCUGUAUUAAGCAGAAGUGUUACAUCUGCUUCUGUGGCUUCACUUCCUUAUCAAAAGGCCCCGUUUUCAUCAGUGGAGACUAAGAACAGUAGAGUAGGGGUAUUGGGAAGUGCUUUUUUGCCUAGAAAUGGGUUGAGAAAUAGUUUGUUAAAAUCAUCUGGGCUUAAGUGGAAGCUAGAGAGGAGAGAAAGCAGAGUGGUGGUUAAGUGUGAAGGGGGAGCUGCUGUGGCUGAAAAGGAGGCUCCUGAGGUCUCUGGGGAAAUCCAUGAAUACCAGGCUGAGGUUAGUCGCCUGCUGGACUUGAUUGUUCACAGUCUUUACAGCCACAAGGAAGUUUUUCUUCGAGAACUUGUGAGCAAUGCAAGUGAUGCCCUUGACAAGUUGAGGUUUCUGAGUGUGACCGAACCUGGUCUUCUUGGGGAUGCUGGUGACCUAGAAAUUCGAAUCAAACCUGACCCUGACAAUGGGACCAUCACUAUAAGGGAUACUGGAAUUGGGAUGACCAAAGAUGAACUUAUAGACUGUCUUGGAACUAUUGCCCAGAGUGGUACUUCUAAGUUCUUGAAAGCUCUUAAGGAAAACAAGGAUGUUGGAGCAGACAACAGUUUAAUUGGUCAAUUUGGAGUUGGUUUCUAUUCUGCAUUUUUGGUAGCUGAAAAGGUGGUAGUCUCCACAAAAAGCCCCAGGUCGGAUAAGCAAUAUGUUUGGGAAGCUGUGGCUGAUAGCAGUUCAUAUGUGAUUAGGGAGGAAACUGAUCCAGAAAAGCUCGUACCUCGAGGAACACAAAUCACACUUCAUCUAAAGGAGGAUGAUAAGUAUGAAUUCUCCGAGCCAACCAGGAUCCAGAAUUUGGUGAAGAACUACUCACAGUUUGUUUCCUUCCCCAUCUAUGUUUGGCUAGAGAAAUCAAGAACUGUUGAGGUUGAAGAGGAGGAGGAACCUAAGGAGGGGGAAGAAAAACCAGAGGGGGAAAAGCCAAAGAAAAAAAAGACAACAACGGAGAAGUAUUGGGACUGGGAAUUAACCAAUGAAACCAAGCCUAUAUGGAUGCGCAGUCCAAAGGAAGUUGAGAAAGAACAAUACCAGGAAUUUUACAAGAAGACUUUUAAUGAGUUCUUGGAUCCCCUUGCACACACACACUUCACCACUGAGGGUGAGGUCGAGUUCAGAAGUAUUCUCUAUAUACCUGGAAUGGCUCCUCUUAACAAUGAGGAAGUGAUUAAUCCAAAGACAAAGAAUAUACGUCUGUAUGUGAAGCGUGUUUUCAUAUCUGAUGACUUUGAUGGUGAACUGUUUCCAAGAUAUCUGAGCUUUGUGAAGGGUUUGGUGGACUCAGAUGAUCUUCCUCUUAAUGUCUCCAGAGAAAUACUUCAGGAAAGCCGCAUUGUGAGGAUAAUGAAGAAGCGGCUUGUAAGGAAAGCAUUUGACAUGAUUCAGGAACUUUCUGAAAGUGAGAACAAAGAGGAUUACAAGAAGUUCUGGGAGAAUUUCGGUAAAUUUCUGAAAUUGGGCUGUAUUGAGGACUCUGGAAAUCACAAGAGGAUAACUCCCUUGCUACGCUUUUUCUCUUCGAAAAGUGAAGAAGAGCCGAUAAGCUUGGAUGAUUAUGUGGAGAACAUGGAAGAGAAUCAAAAGGCUAUAUAUUACUUGGCAACAGACAGCUUAAAGAGUGCCAAGACUGCUCCUUUCGUGGAGAAAUUGGUGCAGAAGGAUAUUGAGGUGUUAUAUCUAAUUGAGCCAAUUGAUGAAGUUGCGAUACAGAAUCUACAGACUUACAAGGAAAAGAAGUUUGUUGAUAUCAGCAAGGAAGAUUUGGAGCUUGGCGAUGAGGAUGAAGUGAAAGAAAGAGAGACAAAGCAAGAGUACAAUCUUCUUUGCGACUGGAUAAAGCAACAGCUGGGAGAUCAGGUUGCAAAAGUUCAAGUCUCAAAACGAUUAAGCUCAUCACCAUGUGUGCUUGUUUCUGGCAAGUUCGGGUGGUCUGCUAAUAUGGAAAGGUUAAUGAGAGCACAGACCCUUGGAGAUACUGCAAGUUUAGAGUUCAUGAGGGGGAGGAGAAUCCUGGAGAUUAAUCCUGAGCAUCCUAUAAUCGAAGACCUAAAUGCCGCAUGCAAAAAUGCUCCCAAUAGCACUGAUGCCAAGAGGGUAGUGGAACUUUUAUACGAUACCGCAUUGAUCUCCAGUGGUUUCACUCCUGAUAGUCCAGCAGAGUUGGGUAACAAGAUUUACGAAAUGAUGGCAAUGGCUGUGGGAGGAAGAUGGGGCAGAGCGGAAGAAGGUGAAGCUUGGGCAGGAGAGGAUUCAACAGAAUCAGACGCGAGCUCUUCAGAAGCCUCAGAGGCACAAGUAGUUGAACCAUCUGAAAUAAGAACAGAAAGUGACCCUUGGGAGUAAACGCAGAUUUCUUGCGAAGAUUGGAUUCUUUUUGGGUAACUGCCCUUGCAACUGUGGCAUACAGAAGUUUUGGAGACGGGAGAUAAAUCUUACUUUGAGGACUGGCGCAUUGAUCGGAUUACUGAAUUAGAUUCAGGACAUUCAUAGGAGUUCUUCUGUAAUGCCACGGCAUUUUAUGACAGCCAUGUUUUGUUUACACAAGGUCCUAGCAUGAUUCACGACUCUCAUGCUUUCCUGCAAUGGAUCUAACUUCAAACAA